CUCGUACUGCGGUCGCAACGGUGGGGUUUAGGAUUAGUAUUUUUUUCCAGUGGAAGAACCGAAUAUAUCUGUCCGCGGGUGUAAUUUAAGUUCUUCUUAUAUCUCUUAUCCAGAAAAAGGGUAGGAGUGUCUGGAAGCAGAGGGAAACUUAACCGAUCGUGGGUAUUUUUUUUUCCGCAGUGUCCGUGUGUUUAUGUUGCAGUCCCUCUGAAAUGUCUCUGGACGAAGCGUGAACUUGAGGAUAACAUAAUAAACAUGUCAGAAGUUCCCUUUUCCUGUUUUGUAGUUGCAUCUGGAUAUCGUAAUGAUUUCAGCGAGUGAGAAUGGAGGAUAAGAAGGGAGGGGGUAGAGUUUCUCAGAUAGCCAACAUAUUCUCUUGCGGAGGAGGUGCAACUCGUGCAAUGUCGCCAGGGAAGCUGGAAGGAGAGGGCGAAGGAGGUGGUGGUGGAGGAGUUACCGUCGUCAGGACCGAAUCCCACCUUGCUCGCUUCAAUAAUGCUCGAGCGUUGUUUGAGAAAUUAGGAUCGACUGGUAACCAAGAAGACCCACCUCCACCUGUUAAACCAAAGAAAAUUAUUGUAACGGAACCGAAGAUUGAACCAACCCAGGUAUUACGUCAAGUAAAUGGAGGAGCUAUUGUUAGAGGAUUACAUAAUGGUACAACGACUGGUGAGAAACCCGCAAAACCUGAAAAACCUGAAAGAAAACUCAAUUCCAGAGAACUGAUAGAAAAACAAAAGAAUUGGACCUCUCAUUUUACAAAAUCAAGAACAAAUCUUCCAAGGUAUAACAGUGAUCCUAAGUGUGAAAACAAAUCUCCAAUCAAAAAAGGCAAUGAUCCUACCAGGAGUUCAUCGUUUAAUUUACCUAACCGAGAAGAUCCAAACAGGGCUCCUAUCAUCCAAGAAGAAAUAGCAGCUGUAAGAGAAAGGCUCGUCGCACCACCAGCACCUCCAGAAACUCCUCCACGGGUAUCUCCUGCUGUUAGCCCGCUGAGAGAGCAUUUGCCUAUCACAAGGCAUCCACCUCCUCCACCUCCUGUCAUAAGUAAAAGAGAAGAAAAAGAAGCCGAAGAAAUUAAACCUGUUCCUCGGGAAAGAGUAUUCAUAUCACCAUCAAGAGUUAGUAUAGAAGAUCUGAGUAGAGAAAGGAGGGAACGGUCAAGGGAUGGCAUUUACCAGAUCACUCCUGCGACUGUUUUACCUGCCUCUGUUGAGUCGAACACUAACUCUUAUCCUUCAAUUGAUUCUCAUUCACCAAAUCUCAACGAGAUCAGUCGAGAGAAGGCUCAGCCACCCGAAGAAGAUGACAGCUGUAAAGGUGUUAUUAAGUUCGCCGUCGGAGAAGAGACCCAAGUAGGACCAGCUAGUGUGACUAUGAUGAGUGGCUCCCUUUCAGAAGAAGAUUCGGGAUUUGCCAGCUCCGAAACUGUUCCUGCUCAACCCCAAGCAAUUAAAGAAGCAGAAAAUACUGAGAGUUGGGUGAGUGAAAGCUGUCUUGCUACUAGCGAUUCUAGAGAACUGUUGUCGUCCGGCCAUACUCCAAUUGAAGAUAAGUCGGAUGAAAUACAGUUUAUCGAUCAGGAGCAAGAUGACGAUAAGGCUGUCGAUACUUCACUCAUGACCCCUGCGGAAGCUGAUCAACUUCUUAGUACGAGGGGUGUUGCUGAAAGCUUACUGUCCGACGAAGAAGCUCAAGAAGUAGUGAAACUUCUUUCUCCGCCAUCAGAAGAAGUUCAGGAGCCGGAGUGGUUGAAAGAUGUUCUUCAGGCUUCUCAGUCCAGUUUGCUCAGCUCAACAACAACUCAAGGAGACAACACCGCAGGCAUCGGUGACAGCCUUGACGAGUGGCCUAGUCAACUUACGGAACCUGAUCUCUCUAAAGGAGAGGAGUUGUCAGUAAACCAGGAGGAAGCUGAAGCUGAAGGAGAAGCAGAGGAAGAACCGGAUGAAGAAGAUGGGAGUCCUGCAAGACCCAUUCCUUAUCGAGAAGUUCUUGAAGAAGGAGGCGUACAUUAUCUAGAAGAUGGACAUUACUGGUUAGAAGUUGCUGGUUUGGACAAUGGCGACUCCGACCCCGAACAGUGUACUGUUAAGAUUAAUAGAAAGGUUCAAUUUAGUCAGUCACCUAUCAAGGUUUAUAGUACAUUCUCAGUCUCUGAAUACGAUCGAAGAAACGAAGAUGUCGACCCAGUAGCUGCAUCUGCUGAAUACGAACUGGAAAAGCGUGUUGAGAAGUUGACUGUUUUUCCUGUUGAAUUGGUGAAAGGUCCUGAUGGUCUGGGUCUUUCAAUUAUAGGCAUGGGUGUAGGAGCAGAUGCAGGUUUGGAAAAGUUAGGAAUAUUUGUCAAAACGAUAACUGAAAGAGGGGCAGCAGCUACAGACGGUAGAAUUCAGGUUAAUGAUCAGAUCAUAGAAGUUGAUGGGAAGUCUCUAGUUGGUGUCACUCAGGCGUAUGCGGCAUCUGUCCUCCGUAACACGUGUGGGAAGGUAAGAUUCCUCAUCGGCAGAGAGCAGGAUCCAGAGUCUUCGGAAGUGGCGUUACUUAUAAAACAGUCCCUGCAGGCCGAUAGGGAAAGAGAAGAACAGAGAAGAGCACAGCAGGAAAGAAGGUACAGCGAAGACAGCCAAAGCACUAAUUCUGAAGAUAAUAACGCCACGCUUUCCUCGUUAUUGCAAGAGAGCCAGAUGAAACAAGCGGCUGCGGAAAACGAAGUGUUGAGGUUAAAAGCUAGGCUCGAGGAAUUUGAAAAAGGCGCUAGAGAGGACUUAGGCGAGAGAUUGAGAGAGACGACGUUGAGGCUAAGAGAAGUCGAAAGGAAUCUUGCUGCUAUAAAGAAAGAUAAUUCCAACUAUCAAGACAUGCUUCACCAAACACAGGAACAAUAUAUAUCUCUGGAGAAAAAGUAUGCUAAAACCAAGCGUUUGGUCCGUGAGUUCCAUGAAAGGGAAGCCGAACUACUUCACAGAGAGGAAUUUUAUUUAGAAACCCUUCAAGAAAAGGACAGAGAGUACAAUGCCCUCGUCAAAGCACUUAAGGAUCGAAUUAUCCAAGUAGAACAGGAGCUGAUGGAGACACAACGAAGAGCUGGUCUGCCAGUUCACCUGCCCCAGUGCGCGGAAGGCACUUACCUUCGACUCAGCACUCCCCCGAUGACCAGGAGGCCUCCCCCAGUCACCCCUCUUCUUGAGAGUCUCGGAGUAGAACUGCCACAAUCUGAGUCGGAGAAGACAUCGACUGUUGAGAGGAAGCAGACGGGAGCCAAAGAAGAACUAGACGAUGCAGUGCCCCCUCACAACCUGCUUGACGUGUCCGCGACGAGGUCCAAAGCUGAGCUGGCCACUCGUGGCGGUCUCGGCAAUCGCCAGUUACCUUCCCAAGCGAAGAAACACCAUUCAUCUUCUUCGCUUCCUUUGUCUAAUUCCAGCUCGGAUUACGGGCUGACGACUGAUGAGAGUACAGAGAGCUCGGACAUGGAAAGCGAAAGAGAUCACGCCAGCCCAGAUCCUUGGGCCAACUCAACUACAGCUCCUCCAAGAGGUUCUCUAGCUGAACAGCUGAAACAAGUUCUAGCCGAAAGGGAGAGGCGGAUGUCAUCAGGAAGCUGCGAACCGAACCAAACCCUCAACAGUUCGAUGAAUAGUACGACCAGUCUUGGUAGCAGCCAGUCAAGUGUGCCUCAGUCCUUGGUCGAGGAGAUCAGGCACGCCGUUGCUCAAGCGAACCUCAAAGGUAGCUGUUGGUUUAGCUUAAAGAAAAGUUGGCCCCAGGGUUCACCUUCAUCCUCUGGCUCUGUUUCCCCUGGUAUCUUAACCGCGGAUCCCAGCCCAAGUAAAAUUGGAUCAUCAGAUUCGAGUGAUGUCUGGAUACCCAACGAAGAGCGUCGGUUGCUAAUGUGCCAAAAUACUCCGAUUCCUGAGUGGACCAGUGAGCAGGUCAGUUACUGGCUCACCUCAGUUGGCCUGGAAGCGUACACCGAAACUCUUUUCGAGAGUGGUGUCACCAACGGAACCGCACUGCUAUCGUUGGAGCCUAGUCGGGUCAAGUCUCUCGGCAUAACUGGCCAAGGGAAGUCCCUCGUCAAGAAGAGACUGAAGGAGCUGCGUGCUAAGGCACAAAGGGAAAGGAGGCAGUCGGAAAAGGAGCGUAGGGAAAGGGAGCGCUUGCUUAAGAAAGCGGAAAAGAUGUUGGAAAAACCUGUCAAAAGGAAAUGAGUUUAAGUUCCUUCUUUAUCAUCUGUGGUUGUGAGCCAAUCAGAAUAACAACGCAUCAGAGAGUUUCACUCUCCGCGCUACUUUUCUUUUACCAAUUAUUUCUUUUUAAUAAUGAGACAAAAGUAGCGUUGUAUACUUAUAUCAGGUUGUAUUGUUGUAUUUAUUUGUAAUAUUGUUAUUUUUUUUAUAUAUAUAUGAUAUUUGUAUUAUACAUAUAUAUAUAAAAAAUUAUAUAUAAAUAUGUGUAGAAAGAAAACUUAUUUAUAUCAUUCACAUUCCAACACAUUUUAUGAUUGUAAAUUGCCUUGUUUUUAUUUUAUUUUUAUAUAUAUAUUUUUGUUUUUCGUAUUUCCUUUUUUGUUGAUAUUCACAACGGCAAUAAAUGUACGAUUAGGAAUGAAAAUAUAAAUCAAAGUUAACUUAUUAUUGGCUGUGCCAUCGGUAUUAUUUGUUGUACAGUUAUAAACGUGUUGUAUAUGUAUAAUGUUACAAUAUUUAUUAUUACUGUAGGGUUAUUGUAGAGUUAUUGAAUUGUAUUAUGCUAUGUAGGUGCCACAAAUGGAAACAGUAUUUCCCAGUAUUUUUAGUUGGCAUUCUAAUUGUUCGUAGUAGCUGCCUGUUCCAUAUUUUAUUUCUGAAUUGUUAUUAUUAUUAUUAUUAUUAUUAUUAAUGUAAAUAAAACUAUUCAAAUAAAGUCUGUGUAUGAAACUUGAAAAGGUCCCUUGAAUUUUUUUAUGAUCAAGAAAAAAAAAUUGUAUGAUUAUAAAUGUACAUUUUCGCAUAAUUCAAUGUUAAAUAUUGUUCAAAUUUAAAACAAUUGUUUUUUCAAACAACAUUACUUUUUCAUCAAUUUAAUUUAAUUUUUAUAAUGAUUCAAAGCUGAUUUGAAAGGCAAAGUUCUUUGAAAUCAGUCCAGAUACAUACAUGUUUUUGUCGGGUAUCGUCUUGUACCCAUUUCUGAAUAGUUUCAAUUUAGUUAAAUUUUAAUAACUUUGUUUAAUUUUGUUCUCAAUAAUUUUUAAAAGCUAGUUAACAAAUUGUAUAUGAUACAUAGAUUUUUAUUCUAAUAAAAAUUCAAGGAUCCUUGAAAAAUUCAGUGCAUAAAUAUUUUCGAUAUAUUGAAGUUAAAUGUAUAGAUGUUUUACUGUAGAUAAUUUUUUUUUUCUGUUUUUAAAUACUUUUAUGCACUUUUGAUAGUUGUGCUGAAUAGAUAGCAAUUAUUAUAGUUUUUUUUUAAUAAUGAAAAAAAAUUGUGUUCAAUUGUGUAAUAAAGAGUUAUUACUUGUAAAAUUGGUUGUGAAUGUGUUCAUUUCAGAUAUAAUAUUAGAAACGUGUUUUAUAAACGAGAAUUCUGAAAUUGUUAUCAGCCAAAUAUUUUAUUUACAUUUUAUAAUCUAUGCAGCCCUGGUGUUUAGCAAACUUUUUUGAGAAACUCGGGAAGAACUUCCACAUUUUUUUAAUGUAGUAAUUUUUUGAAAAUUAGUCAUGGGACCCAUGCUCAUUAAAUGCAUAAUAAAAACAAUGCAGAGAAAUAUUUUUUACAAAAAUUGUUAGUUGUUGCUCAUAAAGAAAAAAUUUUGGAAUCAUAAAAUAAAAAUUCAUUAAGUUUGAAAACGCAGGCAGCUACAAGUGUCUUUUAAGAAUCUUCAUUCUUUGAUAUUAUAACGAGGAACCUGCACCAUCGUGUUUGAGUAAGCAAAUGCUCAACUAAUUUAUAACUGGAGAUUUUAAAUUGAUCUUACGAAUCGAAAAGAUGUUUAGAUUUGAAUAAUUAUGUACAUAUUACAUGUGAAAUUGAAUUUAAAAAAUAUUUGACGAGAAAGAGGCCUAGAAUGUGUUAACAUAAACUAUUUAUUACCAAUUCAAAGUGAUUUUUGUUAUUACAUUAAUGUAAACAAAAAUUGAAGAAAAAAAAAUACGAAGAAAAGUUAUCAUUUUGUAAAUGUCAAUUGUCAUUGUAUAAUUAAGUCAAAACAAAAAAAAAAAGUUUGUUGUUGUGUGGCCAUUUGUAUAAUUGUGUGUAUUAGAUAUACCCUGUACUUAUCUUAUAAGGGAACCACAUUGUUGUGUAAGACUUUCACAUGUUGAGGUCUUACAAAUUUAUAAUUUAAAUUUAAUUAUAACUAAAUUAUUAAUAAAAAUUUUCCAUGACCUCUUUUGUUUUUCCUUUUCACACUUGAUUUAUUGCAUAUUUAAUUAUACUAGUGUUC